GUGAGUCAAGUGUGUGUGUGUGUGUGUGUGUGUGCAGCAGCAGCGCUACAGUGCAGCUGACCUAUCACCCACUUCCAGCACUGUGAGUUCUCACGCUUCUCAGCGCUAUAUAAGGCUGUAAUAACCGAGCAUACCUUACCCACGGCUUCACGACUAACAGCAGCUACUAACAAAUCAGGAUGUUGUCCUAUCUCACUCGCUGGAUGUCCAGAGGUGCUUUCCAGGCACUGAAGGGGACAAGCAGUCGGCCUCAACUGGUCAAGACACCUCAUAUUGGGAAUCAGACUCUGGCAGCAGCUCCUCUGCCCUUCACUGGGGGGAGUCCAGGAGUAAGGCAGGCCCGGGCACUGGGCCAGGAGAGACUGCUGCAGAUUGAUUGGGAUGAUGGGAGUUGUAGUUUGUAUCCAUUCACCUGGUUAAGGGAUAACUGCCAGUGUCCUCACUGCACGCUGCAGUCCGCACAAGCACGCAGUCUGCAGUUCUCAAAUCUGGACGUGCACACCGGAAUGGACCAAGUACAGCUCAUGGACAAUAAGGUGUCCAUUACCUGGCCUGAUCAGCACAGUAGUGAGUUUGAUCCUGACUGGCUGAAGAAACGCUGUUUUUCCUCUGAGGCAAGACAGGCUCUGCAGGAGGAGCUCUUCCUUAAUGAGCGUGAAUAUUGGGAUUCAAGUCUGCAGAUCCCUACAGCUGACUUUGAGGAAGUGCUACACGAUGACAAGGCUGCCCUGACCUGGCUAGAGGCUCUGAGACGCAUUGGCAUUGUCUACCUGAGGGGGGCGCCGGCAGAGCAGGGCCAGGUGGCCAGACUGAGUCAGAGGAUUGGCUAUCUACGCCUCACCUUUUACGGACACACAUGGCAAGUGCAGGACAAGCCCAUGGCUAACAAUGUUGCCUACACUUCUGGAGAAUUGAGCCUGCACACAGAUUACCCUGCUCUGCACCAUCCACCUGGAGUUCAGUUCCUGCACUGUGUCCGUCAGGCUGAUCAGGGCGGAGAGAGUGAAGUGGUUGAUGGGUUUCACAUGGCGGAGCAGCUCCGCAGGGAGGACCCUGAGGCGUUUAACAUCCUCUCCUCGCUCAGGGUGGAUUUCACAGACAGCGGUGCUGACUACUGUGCCUUCAGCGUGCAGUCCAAAAACCACAUCAUCGAUGUGGACUCUGAGGGUCGGGUGACGAGGAUCAACUAUAACAACGCCACACGAGACUCAGUGCUGGAUAUGCCUGUGCAUCAGGUUCAGCCUUUCUACUCGUCUCUAAAGGCCUUCGUGGAGCUGCUCAGCAGACCUGAAAAUGUGUUCACGUACAGAAUGGAACCAGGUGACUUGGUGACUUUUGAUAACUGGCGUCUGUUGCAUGGCCGAAAGAGCUACCUGUCACGAGGCCAGAACUCAAGACAUCUUGAAGGAGCAUAUCUGGACUGGGAUGAGGUCAUGUCCCGUCUCAGGAUCCUCCGGAAAGCUGUCCGUGGAGAUAGCUAGACACUUCUCUUCAUCCGUUAUGAUAGGAAGCAAAGCUGAUGUCUAAUCCGUUCUCUGGUUUUAGGCUGCCGUUGCUUCCUGAUAACUUUAAAAACAUCUCUUCACUGUCGAAAGCUUUAGGGCCUAGGGACAUUUUCAGUUUUGGCAAGUGGAUAUUUGUCCUUCUGUAGUUAAUAUAAUACUAUAAUUGCAGCCUUUUACUGAAGGCCUCUUGGAGUCUUUGGCUCUUUCUUGCACUUCAUUUUCUUUGUCUUUGUGUGUAUUACCUGUUCUUUGGUAUAAGGGACAGUUUACCAGAGGUAAUUCGGUUUUAGUCUUCAUUUGUUAAUGACAAUCACAAGUGAUGGUGAAAAUUUGUUUAAAAUGAAAUGUUUAGCGUAUGUAUGGACAGCUGCGCAAAAUAUGGUACUAGUCUGAACUAAUACAGUGGGUUUAUUCUAAAGCACUGUUUUCAUCAGUCCAUGUUGUAACAAAAGUGACAUCUCUGGCACAGUUUGAGAUUUACUUUGUGAUGUGUAUAUAAUUUUCCCUUCUAGCUCUUAUGUAUUUCACAGAUGGUGUCAACCAUUCUAACAGUUUUUAGCCAACCUUUGAUUCUUACAGGGAUUAUUGUUUUAACGGUCAGUACUUUCCUCUCUCCUCCACACAAAUAUUCUUGAAAGACCAAUCACGAUUAAUGGUAGUUGGUAGUUUCCCCUUUUAUUCUCUAAUGAACCAUACAGUUUAUAUUUGCUUGUAUUGUAAAUCGAGGUUUGGACAAUGAUGACACAUUGACUCUUAAAGAGAAAAUGUUUUUGAGGUAUUAUACAGCAAAGCGUCUCUGUUUUGAUACACUGUAUGGAGAUUGGAUAGUUCAUCAGUACUUGUAUACUGAUUGUAGACCAGUAGACCUUAAGAUCUUUGAUACUUGAAAGGCCUUAAAUAUGAAAUUAUUAAAGAAACAAAGAAAACUGGCCAAUGCAGCAACAAUGCAAAACUAGCUCAUGUGGCUAAUGACUCUAAUUAGUCAAUUAGUUACAAACCUGCUAUAGCCUCAUCUUUUGUAAAUACACAAUGUCGAUAUUUAAAAAGCUCAGGAUUUUGAGCACCUCCAGUGGGCUUUUUUUUGGAUGGGCCUCUACAAAAAAAUGCAAUGUUUGUAAAAAAGAAUAUGCUGGAGUUGUAGAGUUACAAUGAUAAUGAUUUAGGAGGACGCUGACAGAGAUUCUUUUUUUUCCAAAAUGCCAGUAAAAUAUAUUUAUAAUAUACAGAGAUGUCACAUUCUUUUUCAUGCAUGCACAUACAUAAACUCACAUGCUGUGGUUAUACAUCUGCUGGGACAGUUUUUGAAUAUGCUGCUAAUAUAGAUCUCCAAAAUGUAUAGCUGUGAUUAUUAUGUUAAUGUUACAUUUAUAUUUGAUGAUUUUAUAGCUAGUUAUUCAAUUGCUUUUUAAAAGCUAAAUAAGUUGUUAUAUGAUCAGAAAAAAAAAUCUAAGAGGCAAAUAUAAUCCCUUUAUAAAUAAAAAAUGUAUUAUGUGACCACUGAAUAAUAAUGAAUGCAGUAACAAUAUGCACAGUCCCAGAAUCGGGUUUGACAUCUUUUAUUUUCAUAUUGCCAAAGCUGUACAGGUUCUAUAAAUAUUUUUAAAUGCUGAAAUAUUUACAUCCAUGUCUCUAUUGUUUUUCCUUUCUCUCUUGUUCUAAACAAUACAGACUAAAAUGAAAGCCCAAAUAAUGUGCAACUGUAUCUCUCUCCCACUUUCAAACAACAGACCUGAUCCACUGUCCAACUCAAAACACCCGUUUUUUGGGAGACUCUGGGAAAUCAGUUUUGUGCUAUAUACAUCUCGAAACCAAUAUUGAGUGGGCUCAAGUCCAUUUACAGUCUGCAUUCAACAACUCAAUUUAAUGGAGAUGCGAAACAACACUUAAUACAUGUCAAUGAUUAAAAAUGUGAGCAAAACAUAAAAAAACAUUAAAACAUGUAAACGUGACAGCUGUGCUGCCAAAUCUAGUAGUCAAAAAGAGAUGAAACGAGAAAAUCUGCACCUCUAUGAACAGACACAAUCUCUUGCCAUCUGUGUUUCUAACACAAACACACACAAUCCCACAGACACACACACACAGGACAUUUUGGACAAGACUUUUCCAUCACUAUUUAAACAAUCUCCAAAUGCAGCUAUCUUAUAGAUUAAUAAUGCCUUUUUUUUCAUUGCGGUGUCAAAAUAAGGACAACAAAUGAACAGAAAACAUGAUGCCUGAUCAGGUCUCUGAUCUCCUCAUUAUGAACACAGGAGGACAUGACUUGGUACCCACUAGUGAUAGUAUUGCACAUCUAGAAAACAAACUACAGUAUUUCCUUAACAUUUUAGUUGCGUUUCCAGCAUUGCUUCAGAAAUGAACAAUUCUUUUUUUAAAUAAUCUUUUUUUUUUUUUUCAAGUGA